AUGUCUUAUCAGAUUUCUGUGGCAAUUGCUAUUUUAUGUCUAUUCAUAACAAUACUUGCUGUCAAUAUUGUUGAGAGUGCUUCAGGAAACGAUGACACAACUGUCGGUGAUGGUAAUGAAGGAAAUAUUUCAGAUGAUACAACUGUUGCUGCAGAAACUGACAUUCGUGAUACUAGUUCGACUUCAAGAGAUAUUGCAAAUCCUAGUCAAUCAACAGUGGAAACACCAACCACAUCAACAAAAGAUAGUUCUGCAACUAGAAACACUACAAAUCCUAGUCAAUCAACAAUGGAAACACCAACCACAUCAACAAAAGAUAGUUCUGCAACUAAAAAUUCUCUGCACAGUCUCUUUAUCUUAGUGAUGACAAUAAAAAUCAUUAUCUAA